AUGGGAUCUAAGAUUGUUUCUUCGAACUUAAGAGGCAUAAAAGAUUAUGCCAAGCAAGUUGCAGUGAGAGACAUGAUUGCUCGGCUCCAUUGCGUUAUUUGUUGUAUUCAAGAGACUAAGAUGAUUUCUAUGUCUCAAUGGUUCGUUCGUCAAUUAUGGUAUGAUUCAGAUUUUGGAAUGGAGGUUUUACCUUCUCAAGGAGCUGUAGGAAACAGUGAUGGCCUAAUAACAAUUUGGGACAACACCACACUUGAGCUAUUGGAUAAAAGAUUGGGACUGAAUUAUAUUACUUGCCUAUUUCGAUUUCGCAGCACUGGUUUUAAGUUCUUAUUGACUAAUGCGUAUUCCCCUUGUGAUCAUGACAGAAGAGAAACUUUUUGGUCUGAUUUGGCACAGGUAAGAGCUUGGUCUUCUGAAUCUUGGUGUUUUGUUGGAGAUGUAAAUGCAGUUAGAAGUGACGCGGAGAGAAACAAGCCAGGAAGAGAUGCAAGAAAUAUGAAGUUUCUUGAUGACUUUAUUUCGGACCAAGAGCUAAUUGAUUUACCAUUACAUGGUGGUGCAUAUACUUGGAUCAAUAAGCAGAAUGAUCAUUUUCUAUGUAGACUGGACAGAUGCUUGGUGUAUAUAACAUUUGAUGCUAAGUUUAACAAUGCUACCCAAACAGCAUUGAACUUGAAGUAUUUUAUCAAGAAUUGGAGUAGGAGUACGUUCGAAAAUGUGAGAAAGGAGGAGGAAGAACUUAAGAAGAAGAUAAGUGCUUUGAAUAUAGCAGAGGAGAGCAUAGCUUUAUCUUCAACACAACUUGGAGAAGGAGCAGAUUUGUUGAAUUCUUUGAGCAAGGUAAAGUGCAGUAGAGCUAAAAUGGUGUUUCAAAGGGCUAAGGUCAAAGGCUUUAAAGAUGGAGAUAAGAACACACAAUAUUUCCAUAAAAUUGCAAGCGGUAAGAAGAGAAGAAAUUGCAUAAAAAAGCUGGAAGUGGAUGGAGUGGACGUUUUCAACCAUGAAGUUCUCAAAAAAGAAAUUCAUGAAUAUUAUACGAGCAUGUUUACUGCAGUCUCGCCAGUUUACAAGGCAUGCUGGGAGGUGUUAAAGAAGGAUAUAUUGGCAUCUUUAAAUGAAUUUCAUGGCAAAGGUAAGUUGGACUGGAGAUUGAAUGUCUCUUUCUUGAAGUUGAUUCCGAAGAAAGAAGAUUCAGCCACGGUGAAAGAUUUUAGGCCACUAAGUUUGAUUAGUAGAUUCUACAAAAUCCUGUGUAAGCUACUAGCGGAAAGAAUGAAAGUGGUAAUGCCAGGUUUGAUUUCAAAUUCUCAGGGAGCGUUUAUCAAGGAUAGGCAAAUUCUAGACGACAUUUUGGUGGCGAAUGAGCUAAUUGACAGCAAGUUAAAGCAAUGUAUUCCAGGGAUUAUGUGCAAGAUUGAUAUGCAAAAGGCCUUCGAUAAUUUCUCGAUUCUUUUUAAUGGAGAAGCAACAAAGUUAAUCAAACCCUCGAAAGGAAUUCGUCAGGGCGAUCCUUUGUCGCCUUUUCUAUUUCUUCUAGUGGCAGAAGUGUUAUCGUUUCUCAUAAACAAUGCAGUGGCUCAAGGAAGACUCAGUGGAUUUAGGGUGAAAGAAGGGGGUACUGUUGUGUCACAUCUGCAAUUUGCAGACGACACCAUUAUCUUCUUAGAUGCAACAAUUGUUGAGGUUAGAAGAUUGCUAGUAAUUCUAGUCAUGUUUGAGAUACUAAUUGGUCUUCGUCUUAACUUAGAGAAAAGCACUAUGAUAAGCAUAGGAGCUGACCAGCUGGUGAAUAAGUUAGCAAUGGAGUUGGGGUGCAGAGUUGAGUUCAUUCCGAUAACCUACUCGGGAAUGUCAAUUGGCUCAAAGAGAAGGUUCGAGAUCAUAUGGGAGAUAAUCAUACAAAGAAUGCAGAAAAAACUUGCACCAUGGAAAAGGAGGUACUUGAAUAAAGCUGGUAGAGUAGUUUUGAUUAGAAGUUCCCUUGAGAGUUUGGCGGUGUAUUUUAUGUCUUUGCAUCACAUCCCUGUCUCAGUAGAAAAAAUAUUGAAUACGAUAAUGAGGAAAUUUUUAUGGGGUGAUGAUGAUGAGAGGAGAAGGAUGAGUUGGGUCUCUUUUAAACGGAUUUUCAAAGAAGAAAGGAGGCUUGGGCUGGAGGUUAUUGAUAGUGCUAUUGUUGCUGAGGCACAUGGAGCACAAUGUGUGUUUGGAAGAGAAGGAGAUGUACCCAACACUCCUGUGAUGCCAAAUGACUCAGUCAGUAUUGGAACAUUAGCUCAUGGAAAUGGUGAAGGUGUAGGUGUUUUUCAAACCAUUUCAGGAGUUAAUGAACCUUUUUUGGAAGAGUGUAAUGACAGAGGGUUUCAUUCCUCAGUUCCUACUGACGACCUUCAAAUGGUCUUACACUCUAGUCAAUUGGAGGAUACAGUUGUGAGGGAAUCACCAUUAUUAGCGCAUGUGCCACCAACGGAUCAACAUCUGUAUCUUUUCAAUGUGAUCAAUGACCAAAUAGUCAUUAAGUUGGGAGACAUUCAGAAAGCUAACAUCGAUUCAAACGAAGUUAUUUUUUCUACUUUAAAUCUAGUAGUGGAACUUUGUUGCAGGAUGGGUGGUAUUUCAUCUAAAGACGAGGUAAAAGCUAAAUCAGUCAUUGAUGAGAUAUUAUUCAAAUACGGGGAUAUGUAUAAGGCUAUUGCGGAAGGGCAGAAAGUGAUUGAUAGCUGUGACUCAAACGUUUCUAAUUCUUCUAAUGAUGAGGAAUAG